AUGUCUCAACAAAGUCUACCCAAUCAUGUAUAUAUCUCGUCGAAAAUUCAGGACAAACCAGCACCUGACUGGACACGUUUUGUUUGCGUUAGUGAUACACACAACAAAGUUAGCCUUGAGACAUAUCAUGUUCCUGAAGGAGAUGUUCUGCUUCAUUCGGGAGAUUUGACCGAAGUUGGUAAAUUGGAUCAAAUAAAAACUGCUGUUAACUGGAUUAAAAGUCUUCCGCAUAAACACAAAAUUGUUAUUGCUGGAAAUCAUGAUUCAACCCUAGACAAACCUUUUUAUGAAGAAUAUUGGAGUAAAUUUCAUCAUUAUAAGGAGAAUUCGGAUGAUGCUAUUGACAUGAUAAGAAAUGCGGGUCAUGGUAUUGUGUAUUUGGAAGAUGAGUCUUUUACGAUUCCCGAAAGCGGGUAUCAGGUAUAUGGGAGCCCAUAUACUCCAAGGUUUUAUGACUGGGCUUUCAACGGAGAUCGUGGACCAUUCUUAAAGGAAAAAUGGUCAAAGAUACCACCUGAUACGCAUAUCCUUAUGACGCAUGGACCACCGUUUGGUAUUUUGGAUGCCACUGUAACCAAAGAAAAUGUUGGAUGUGUAGAUCUUUUACAGCGAAUUCAAGAAAUUAAACCUUUAAUUCACGUGUUUGGUCAUAUUCAUGAAGGUUAUGGUGUCUUUGAAAAGAAAUGGGAAACAGAAAAUAAUGAAGAUACAAAGUCGACUAUUUUUAUUAAUGCAUCAUCAGUAACUCGAGCGUAUAAACCCCAAAACAAAGCGAUCGUAUUUGAUUUACCUCCACUAAAUUGA